AUGGCGGCUCAGACUUCCCGUCAUAAACAGAAUUGUCUUGUGAAUGUGAUCUGCUCCCGCCGUGAUGCUGGACUGCUGAAAACGAUUGAAGUGCAGUUUGCUCAUGAUGAUAGUCAUGACAUAGAUGAAGUUGAUGAUGGUGAAGACGACGAAGAUGAUGACCGGAGGUGGGCCGAUUUUCAUGAUAUGGAACUGGAUAUCCGAGCUCACUGGGGACAAUCUGGAGAUGCGAGUCAAGAAAUGGAACCCGCUGGAUUUGGGCCGCCGUCCAUUUUGGGAUCCAUAUCAACUGCCAGUUACUUGUUCGCCGAAUCCAAGUUUGAGCCUCAUUUCAAGAAACUAGAAGUUUAUACAUCGUCGUUAAUAGAGCCAGAUUUGCUUGAGAAGGGAAUAUUCAGUCUGCUAGAUCCUACCAACCUUCUCGCUAGGACGGGGAACAAUGCGCCAGAGGUCGAACUCACUAGAGCGUCGGAUCCUGCUAUCCGCGAAUGGAAGGAGGAGACUCAGGAAGGAGUUACGGAGACACACUGGUUGGGAAGCAGGGAGCCUGAGGGGAAAGCGUCAAGUGGGUGCUACGGCCCUAAAAUAGGCGCCACCGUUGCCACGAUGGAGGUGAACGAUGUCAAUGAGAAUCAUGACGCGCUCAACCUUGUAGAGGGCUGUCGUAAAUAG